AGCAGAGACGACGCGUCUGGAGAGCCGCCAUCGCUGUCAUCCUUCACUGCAGCUGGAAAGAGAGGACGAGGAGCAACGUUUUGACCCACAGCUCAGCUUUGUCAGCUGUUUCUCCACUUUCCAAGAUGCUCCGCCCCCUGCUGUUCCUGUGCACCAUCAUGGCACUGACAGGUGCUGCUGAAGUCGACAUCUGCACUGUGACCGGCCCCGCCGUCAUCGACUUUCAAGGCCGAUUCGCUCCUGUGACGGAUCGGUGUGUGUACUCCAUGCUCUCAGAUCCAUCAGCGGGCUUGGAAGUGUUUGCCACCUUCAGGGAGCGCCGUCGCAGAGACGUGAGCUUUCUGGACAGCGUCACCCUGAAGCUGCAGGAUCCAGCUGUUCAGUUUCACCUGGAGCAGGGAGGGAGAGUCCAGGUGAACGACACGCAGCUGAACCUCAGCAGCUCAGGCCAGAAGCUUCACAGCGUUUGGAUUUCCAAAGACAAAACCGGAGUCAUGGCGAACGUCACAACCUCCAACCACACAGUUUAUUUGUUCUUUGACGGCUCCACAGCACAGAUCCACGUAGAAACUCCAGUUUGGUCGUCUGCUGCUGGUCUGUGUGCAAACGCCAGCAGUAUCUCGACCCAGAGGCUGAAUCACUACAGCUCCUCCAGCUGUCAAAUUCAGUACAACGACUCUAUUGACACUUCAAUCAACUGCAGCGUGAUAACAGACCACUGCAACAUCCUGAAGGAAUCUCCCUUCUCCACUUGUAACCCUGACGUUGCCCCGACUCCCUACAUCAACGCCUGCAGUGACACUUUGUGCAAAUAUCCCUCAGUGGACGGUGUGAGGUGUCACUUCCUGUGGGCGUACGCCAGAGCCUGCAGCCUGAACAGCAGAGCCUCACUGGGAGCCUGGAGACCUGCUGACUGCUCCUCAGCUGAAGCUUUUUGCCAGGAUAAAGUUUGCAGCGAUCAUGAGUUUUGUGGAGAGACGUUCAGUGGGGGAACCGGCUGCCUCUGCAGAGCCGUGUUUGCCCACGACUACAGACAGUCAAACACUCUGAGUGAGCCAACAGUCUGCAGGCAGAACUCUGGUUCAAUCACUCUGAUCGGAUGCCUGCUGGAGGAAAAAGGCAUCGACUUCUCUACUUUACAUCUGAACAACCGGAGCUGCAGGGGCGAGAUGGACGAGCAGAACCACAUGGUGACCUUCAGCUUCGACAGCAGCAACACCUGCGGGACGGAGAUCACAAAUAAUGGAAGCCAAAUCACCUACAAGAACACCAUCAGGUACCAGAACAGCUCUGACGUCAUCACCCGCCAGGACCAGUUCUACAUCGACUUCUCCUGCCAGCACAGCCAACCCCAAACGAAGGUUGUUGCCUUCAACAUCAAGGACAGCUCUGUGGUCGUCAUCGUGAAGUCUGGAGAGUGGAAUUACUCCGUGGCCAUGAAGGCCUACACCGACCCGGGCCUCACACACGCUGUGGACUCAACCGUCGGCGUGGUUCUCAACCAGAAGAUCUGGGUGGAGCUGACCACCACCGGACUGGACGCAGACGUGAUCGCUGUGGAGACGGAGUCAUGCUGGGCGACCAGUCGAGAUUCUCCCAGCAGCCAGCCGAGAUACGACCUGAUCAAGAACGGCUGUGCCGACCCCGGCGACCAGACGGUGCAGGUGGAAGGAAACGGAGAAGGAACCUCCAACCACUUCUCCUUCAACAUGUUCCAGUUCACUGGGAGCUCUGGGGACGUUUACCUGCACUGCAAGCUGCAGCUGUGUGUCAAACAGGGGAACCGCUGCGUUCCGGACUGCAGUGGCGGCUCCAACAGGCGACGCAGAUCCACCGGGUUCGGACGUGCAGCCGUCAUCAGCCUGGCCUGGACUCAGUAGUUUGAAGGAGGAAUGUUUUAGUUACAGACGUGAAGAAGAAGAAGAAAAACUGGACUAAACUGUUCCAACAUUUUUAAUUUUAUUGAGUUUGGGGGAAAUGAUGUGGGUUACAUCUUCUUUAAUAAAACCUAUAAAUGUAAUCAGAUAUCCUGAAGUUUAUAAUCUAAAUGAAUAAUUUCCUUAACAAAUGUUCAUUUAUGUUUUAUCAUUUGAGAUUUCAAUGAUUUUUUCAGCUAAUAAGAGUCAACAAUAUAAUUAACUUUGUGUAAAAGAAGAUGAAUAAAAAACUGAUGAGAUUAUUUUUAUGGUCAGUCUGUGAAGCUGUAAUAUCUCAGGCUUUUGAUGGUUUCAUGUUAUUGUUGUUUUCAGGGAACUUUUCUUUACAUAUCAGUGAUUAUGUUCUUUUUUUCACCAACUCUUAUACAAGCAUAUAAAAGACAAAAAAACUGUGUGAAUAAAUGAUGUGGGUUUAAA